GGCCGCCCUUUAAAAGACCUGCUCCUCCUCCACAGCACUCAGUCUGUUCGGCCAGACAAGAGACCGAGAUCCAAACCAGAGACCAAGAUCCAGACCAGAGGCCAAGAUCAAGAUCCAGAGACCGAGAUCCAGAGCAGAGACCAGAGAAGAUCCAGAGCAAAACCAGAAACUAGAGUCUAGACCUCAAGACCCAAGAUCAGGGAGAAUCCAGAUCUGUUAUCCAAGACGAGAGCCCAAAGAGAAUCCGGACUAAGAUCAGACACACAAGACUGGGUCAAGAUCUGGACUUGUCUGAAGAAGAAGAAGUCCUAAAUUAAAAUAGGUUUUGGAGUUUUUUCUGUAGUGAAACUAAAAUGGAUCAAAAGUUGUGGAGCCUGAGGAAAGCUGCUGCUCUGCUCCUCGUCUGGACUCUGCUCAUUCAACAGAUCAGUGCUGGUCCAGUGGUGCCUGCGGGUGGCCCUGACUCCCCGGUCCCGGCUCAGUCCCAGGUCCGGACUCUGCGGAGGACGGCGCGGAUGACCCCUCUCUGGAGGAUUCUGAACAGUAAACCUUUCGGAGCGUACUGCCAGAACAACUACGAGUGCUCCACUGGACUCUGCAGGGCUGGAUUCUGUGCCACGAUGCAUCGCUCGGCAACCGUUUCUGUCACCAACUGAACCAAGUCCGGACGAGAUCCAGGUUCAGGAUCAGGAUUUGGACUUUUUCAAACGGGACUUGUGCAUACUCAAUGAUUUUUAAUUUAGUUACAGUGAAGUCAAAAUGUUGAGCUCCGUUGCCUGAUCAGCCAAUUUAAAGGGGCACUGUGUAACUUUUCAGGUGGAGAAUACGUCACCUGCUUGUCUCCGUGAAGGAAUAUUCCACAGUAUGGCUUUAAACCUUUCUAUUUAUUUAAUCACACGUUAUUUUAUUGCCAGAAAAUGCUUUUGGACUUAUUGGCUUGUCUCCAUGGUGAUUUAUAUAUUUUAACACCAUUCUGUGGAACCUUCAAGUCAAAGCAAUAACAUCUCCAUGGAAACGGGCAAAAAAGUUACACAGUGCACCUUUAAUAUGCAGAUUGUGUGACGUGUUCGGAGAAAUAGAGGGAGAUUAAGUUAAAGAUUUUGGGAUUUCUUGUAUUUUCAAAAAGGGUUAUAAGUAUAAGUAAUAAGGGUUUAACUUUUUAUACCUGAUAUUUGUUUUUUGUUUGUUUGUUUUUUUUACAUUGUGCAAAAGCUUAAACAAGUUAUCAGAUUUUGAGUUCUCAGAAAAACAACAGAACCUUGAACUUAAGCCAGUGUUCACUCAUAUCUUGGUCUGUUGAUAUAAAACUGUCCAAAAAAUACAACAAGAUCUAUUUAUAUUUUAACCAAAGUACUCUUAGUAUUCACUUUAUCACAAAGAGAUGGCUUCAGUGAAUAGAACUGGUUCAGUCCUGGUUUAGUCUUGGUUUAGUCCUCGUUUAGUCCUGUUGUAGAUUUGAUUUAGUUCUGUCGUAGUCCUGGUUUAAUUCAAGGCUGCACGCCAGAUCAGAAUUGGGACUGAACAGGACUAAAUCUGGACUAAACCAGGACUAAAUCUGGGCUAAACCAUGACUAAAUCUGGACUAAAACAGGACUAAAUUUGGACUAAAGGGUUAGACCAGGGACUACAAUGGGACUAAGCCAGAACUAUACCAGGACUAUAUCUGGACUUUAUUUAUUGAUCAGAUCUUUCGUCGUCAAUCUUUUGUCAUAUGUGGUUUAUUUAGAGGCAGGUUGUGUUCCAGUUUACAUGAAUGAACUUUUUGUUUCAGGAAUUUAAACAGGUAAACCAAGUCCAAACCAGUUUUAAACCGGGACUUAGUUAAGUCUUAAAAAACAGAACAAAAGCAGUGCUAUGACCAGACUCAAUGUAUAAAAAAAACAUUAUACUCAAAUGUAAACCUGGACUAAACAGGUCUAAACCAGGGCUAAACCAGGACUAAGCAUGGAUUUAAACCAGGUUUAAACCAAAUGUAAACCAGGCCUAAAACGGGGCUAAACCAGGAUUAUUAAACUAGGACUAAACCAAGACUAUACAUGGACAUAAACCAGGUCUAAACCAGAUCUAAACCAGGACUAAUCCAGGUCUAAACCAGGUCUAAACAUGGACUUAAACCAGGUCUAAACCAGAUCUAUACCGAGACUAAUCCAGGUCUAAACCAGGACUAAACACGUAUUUAAACCAGGGACGUAAACCAGGGGGGUAAAAUCAUGUAGAAAAGAAAUUUUUAAGAAAUCUCUUUGUUAUAUUUUGUUUUAUUUUUUAGUUCUCACAUGGAUCGGCCAAAGCUUUUCCAAUCACUUUAACAUUACCUGCUCAGACAAGAUCUUUACAUAUGAGCUCAUGUUUAGACCAGACUUUUGUUUUUGCACAUAAGAUUUAAAAUCAUUUCGGAACAUUUGUCUGGGCAGAAUUGCACUUUUUAAACUUUAAAUUAUCCUUGUACUGUGACCGGAUGUACUGUAUGUAUGAAAAGAAAUGUGGAAAAGAAAAUUGAAAUAAAAAUUUGGGGAGUUUGUUUUGUGAA